CACACACACACACAGACAUGCACACACCCUUUCAUAUUCCGUCCCCUGUGAUUUCAUCCUGUUUAUUCAUCUUGUCUAUCUUUCUCUCAAUCCUUCUUUUUUCAUAUUCUUCAGUCCUGUACAUUUUACCCUUCUUCUCCAUUCUAUCCGUGCAUGACUCCUCCCUCAGUUUGCACGCCCUUUCUCAAACACACACAUAUUGAGCACAGCUCAUGCGUGCACACACACACACACACACCCUCCUCCCCCCAUCGCUGCAGUGUCUCUUAACUGCCUCGGAGCUAACAAGAGAGGAAACGGCACACCGACCGUAACAGGCAGGGGGGACGGAAAAAAGACGGAGAGCGAGAGAGUGCUUCAUUAGAGAGUGUGUGUGUGUGUGUGUGUGUGUGUGUGUGUGUGUAUGAAGGCUAGAGAGGGGGAGUGUGAGAUACACACAGACGUGAGGAUGUUGGAGAUUCGCAGGAAGGCUCGCACACUCACUAUCAGUCUUUGAAGGAUCAUCUGCGGUGAUACUGAAUGGACAAACGGAACCCCUGCCUUUGGCUGCAUGAGAAGUGUUGGCUUAUGCAACGAAGAAACAGUGGGACAAUCUGGUGCCCAGAGGUCUGAACAGUGUGUAGAUGUGUGUACAGAGAAUGAGGUUUGACCAGCUGUAAAAGAAAAGAAGUAAGAACAGAAGGAGUGUUGAAUAACAUUCGAUGAUCGAGUCUCAUGGAACACUGAGGAUCGCUCAUUUUGUAACACGUGGGUGGACGUAGUGGCGCUUUCGCUUGAGUUACACUCUUUCUUUCUGCACUGCCAGGCUAAGUUUAACCAUCACUUUCUGGGGGGGUGUCCCCUGGUAUAACCCCCCAGCAACUGGGAUAUAAAAAGGAAGUUGAGUUCGUGAACCAGGGUUGGAGUCGGUAUUCUUGCAGAAUGUUCUAGUAGCGAAGGAUGCCAGUUUGUGGAAGUUGACCACACCGAAAACACAAACUUUUAAACUUGGAACAUGAAAGUAGCUGAAAUUGACUUGGCAAAUUUAUAGGCCUGCCUCUUCUCUUUGGACUGGGGCUGUGCCACCAAGAUUGGCCAGUUUUCCUGGAUUUCCUUGGUUUCUUUCUAAACCUCACCUUUGGACCUUGUUUUGCUUUGUGGGUGUAGCCUGUACCUUCUGGAUAUUGUGGAGUGCGUGUGUGUUGUAUACCCGUAAGUGACAAUGGGGUGCCGGCAAAGUUCGGAGGAAAAAGAAGCAGCCAGGCGCUCGAGGCGCAUCGACCGGCACCUUCGCUCCGAGAGCCAGCGGCAGCGGCGCGAGAUCAAACUGCUCCUCCUCGGCACAAGCAACUCGGGCAAGAGCACCAUUGUCAAGCAAAUGAAGAUUAUCCACAGUGGUGGGUUCAAUCUGGAAGCCUGCAAGGAAUACAAACCUCUGAUUCUUUACAAUGCCAUCGAUUCGCUCACACGCAUAAUCCGGGCUCUCGCAACGCUCAAGAUCGACUUCCACAACCCCGACCGAGCCUACGAUGCCGUCCAACUCUUUGCCCUAACUGGUCCUGCCGAGAGCAAGGGCGAGAUCACGCCCGAACUACUCGGUGUGAUGAAACGCUUGUGGGCCGAUUCAGGUGUUCAGGAGUGUUUCCAGCGCUCCAACGAGUAUCACCUUGAGGACAACACUGCCUACUACCUGAACGACCUGGACAGAAUCUCAUCCCUUGAGUACAUCCCGACGGUCGAGGACAUCCUGCGUUCCCGUGACAUGACCACCGGCAUUGUCGAGAACAAGUUUACUUUCAAAGAGCUCACUUUCAAGAUGGUAGAUGUGGGUGGGCAGCGUUCCGAAAGAAAGAAGUGGAUCCACUGCUUUGAGGGUGUAACUGCGAUUAUAUUUUGUGUGGAGCUUAGCGGCUACGACCUCAAGCUUUAUGAAGACAACCAGACGAGUCGCAUGGCAGAGAGCUUGCGUCUGUUCGACUCCAUCUGCAAUAACAACUGGUUCACCAACACCUCACUCAUCCUCUUCCUUAACAAGAAGGACCUGCUGGCUGAGAAGAUCAAGCGCAUCCCGUUGACCGUCUGCUUCGCCGACUACAAGGGCCAGAACACCUACGAGGAGGCGGCCGUGUACGUGCAGCGCCAGUUCGAGGACCUGAACCGCAACAAAGAGACAAAGGAGAUCUACUCGCACUUCACCUGCGCCACCGACACCAGCAACAUCCAGUUCGUGUUCGACGCCGUCACGGACGUGAUUAUCCAGAAUAAUCUUAAGUACAUCGGCCUGUGCUAGGACCAGGGAAUAGGGUCGGGUGGUUUGCUGAGGGGAGACAUACUGUACGUCUGGUCCCUCUCACUCGAUUGCUUGUUAUAGUGCCAUGGGAUCAUGAUGAGGAAUGAAGACAGGACCGGUGCUGCCACCUUGCUCAAGAUUUCAACCAUGAGUUAAUGGUUAACAAUUUUGCAACCUUGGUAUUAAUGUGUUUGCACUGAAUUCAUGAACAUACACACUCACACACAAAGACACAUUUUUUUGUUGUUGUUGUUGUUGUUUUCUCACAGAAAUCUUGGAAUCAAUUCUCAAGUCCCUGUUUAACAUGGAAACCUGUUAGACCGACCACACCAUCAGUUUCUUUCUGGUUUACCAAACAUCUAAGAUCGAGCAAGUCCUUAACAUCCUCACUGUCCGAACUCUUCUGUUUCUGUUUCAUUCUGUUCUGUUCUGUUCUUUUCAUUUCCACAAAUCGUUUCACGUGACUUUAAAACAAGGUUUUUAACAAGUCUUUUAAUAAUUUUUUUUUAAUGACCAUUUUCGAGUACACACAAGUGAGAUGACAAGAUGACCUGUGAAGUGAUCAGUCACAAAAAUUCCUCGUUCCUUCCCAAAGUGAAAACUGCCAACGUACAGUUCCUGAACGAACGCAGCUUUUUACACUCGUCCCCCCGUCGGAAAAAUGAUGCUUUUUGGGUUCCUUUUUGUAUUUUUUUUUUUCCCUUCUCUUUUUUGUCUGCAUUAGGUUGUACUUCGUGUCCAGUUUGAGAGCCAAAAAAUAAUAAUUAUCUUAACGUUCCCGGGAAAUGUUAUGUCCAAAUUGAGUAUUAAAGAUCAUUCCACUUUCCAAAA